GAUGCUUAAUUCUUGAGUUACAAUUCGUUUCUGAGAUGCAUUGGGAUCUUAUUUUCAAAAAUUCACAACCUUUCCUUCUGUUUCAAGAUCUAUACGGAAGAUUUUCCCCCAAUUUUAGUUUCAUCUGUUGGUUUGCUUUUGCCUUCAUUGAUUGGACAUGCCCUUUGUCAUUUCUGAGUUAUUUGAGCAGGUGUUUUCAGCCAGCUGAUUUGUGGGGGGAGGUGCACCGUUGCAAAUUGAGCAUCUUCGUUUUGAUUUUUUCUUCGUUAGACUGUUGAUCCACAUUGGCAAUGGAGCGCCUUCCUCUUGAAGUCAUUGGAAAUAUACUGUCCCGCCUUGGUGGUGCCCGAGAUGUGGUAAUAGCAUCUGCAACGUGUCAAAAAUGGCGAGAAGCUUAUCGGAAGCACCUUCAUACCUUAUCAUUCAAUUCUAAUGAUUGGCCUGUUUAUCAUGAUAUUACAGCUACAAGACUAGAGAUCCUGAUAACUCAAACAAUAUUCCAGACCACGGGAUUGCAAGGUUUAUCCAUUUUGAUGGAUGAUGUUGAUGAGUUCUCAGCUUCAACUGUCAUUGCUUGGCUCAUGUAUACCAGAGAAACUUUGCGCCGUUUGUUCUAUAAUGUCAGGACUGCCCCAAACAUUAACAUUCUAGAAAUAUGUGGGAGGCAGAAGCUGGAAAUUUUGGACCUAGCAAAUAAUUCCAUAACUGGUGUUGAACCUAAUCUUCAAAGAUUCCCUUGUUUGAAGUCCCUUUCACUGAGUCAUAUUAGCAUUUCAGCAUUGGAUUUGAGUCUUUUGCUAUCUGCUUGUCCAAAGCUUGAAAAUCUGGAGCUUAUCAGUCCUGAGAUAGCAAUGUCAGAUGCACAAGUGACAGUGGAACUCAGCAGCCCAACAUUGAAAAAUAUUUGUAUUGAAGUAAUUAGUUUGGAUAAGUUUGUACUGGAAGCGGACAGUAUUGAGAGUUUGUACUUGAGGGAUUGCGUCCUUGAACUUUUUGAACUCAUUGGAAAGGGUACUCUAAAGCAUUUCAAGAUUGAUGAUGUUAGUGUUAUACAUCUUGAUAUUGGUGAGAAUGUUGAUGAUCUUGAGGUUGUAGAUGUGAGUAACUUUACAAUUAUUUGGCCUAAGUUUUAUCAGAUGAUCUCACGUUCCUCCAAGUUGAGGAAGCUUCGUCUUUGGGAUGUGGUUUUUGAUGAUGAGGAAGAGAUUGUGGAUUUGGAAACUAUCGCUGUUUGUUUUCCACAGCUGAGCCAUCUUUCUUUAAGUUAUGAAUUGAAAGAUGGAGUCAUACAUUAUGGUCUGCAAGGAUCUUCACCACUGGAGAGUGUUACUGUGCUGGAGCUUGGGUGGACUAUAAUCAAUGAUCUCUUCUCACAUUGGGUCAAGGAACUGCUAAAGAGAUGCUCAAAUCUUCGAAAGUUGGUUAUUAAUGGGGUUGUUUCAGAAGCCAAGACCCAUGAAGAAUGCCAGAUAUUGGCUAAUUUCACCUCAUCCAUUGUGCAGCUUAUGAGGGAAUAUAUACAUGUUGAGGUGCAGUUUGAGUUUGAUUAAAAUUCUUUUGAGUCACCUUGGUUAAAUUCAAGUUUUGGUCAAUCAUGAAAUGUAUACGCAAAUAUGCAGGUCAGAUAUCAUUUGAUUAGAUUCAAGUUUUGAUUCAAUUAUCAAUUGUAUAAGUACAUUUGUGGUUAAAUUUUACAGAAAUCAAUGCCUGAAAAUCCU